AUGACAGCUGCCGUUACCUCCUCUAAUAUGAUAUUGGAAACCCACGAAAGUGGUAUCAAGCCCUAUUUUGAACAGAAGAUCCAAGAAACAGAAUUAAAGAUUCGCUCCAAAACAGAAAAUGUCCGCCGACUAGAGGCUCAAAGAAAUGCAUUGAAUGACAAAGUACGUUUUAUCAAGGAUGAACUACGCUUACUACAAGAGCCUGGGUCUUAUGUUGGUGAAGUCAUAAAGAUCGUUUCUGACAAAAAAGUCCUCGUUAAAGUGCAGCCUGAGGGAAAAUACAUUGUGGAUGUUGCAAAAGAUAUAAAUGUGAAGGAUUUGAAGGCAUCCCAAAGAGUUUGUUUGAGGAGUGACUCUUACAUGUUGCAUAAAGUCCUUGAGAAUAAGGCGGACCCCUUGGUUUCAUUGAUGAUGGUGGAAAAAGUUCCAGAUUCCACAUACGAUAUGGUUGGCGGUUUGACAAAACAGAUAAAAGAAAUCAAAGAAGUCAUUGAACUGCCCGUGAAACAUCCAGAACUGUUCGAAAGUCUGGGUAUUGCUCAGCCAAAGGGUGUCAUCUUAUAUGGCCCGCCCGGUACAGGGAAAACCUUAUUAGCAAGAGCCGUCGCACAUCACACUGAUUGUAAGUUCAUCAGAGUUAGUGGUGCUGAAUUGGUGCAGAAGUAUAUCGGUGAAGGCUCCCGUAUGGUUCGUGAACUGUUUGUGAUGGCUAGAGAGCAUGCUCCUUCGAUUAUCUUCAUGGAUGAAAUUGAUUCUAUUGGUUCUACACGUGUAGAAGGUUCUGGUGGUGGUGAUUCUGAAGUUCAAAGAACGAUGUUGGAAUUACUAAACCAACUGGAUGGGUUCGAAACUUCUAAAAACAUCAAAAUCAUUAUGGCCACAAAUAGACUUGAUAUCCUAGAUCCGGCACUCUUAAGACCUGGCAGAAUAGACAGAAAAAUUGAGUUCCCACCCCCAAGUGUUGCAGCCAGAGCCGAAAUUUUAAGGAUCCACUCUAGAAAAAUGAAUCUGACCCGUGGCAUCAACUUAAGAAAGGUUGCCGAAAAGAUGAACGGUUGUUCUGGGGCCGAUGUGAAAGGUGUGUGUACAGAAGCUGGUAUGUAUGCUCUUAGGGAAAGAAGAAUACAUGUCACUCAAGAAGAUUUCGAAUUGGCCGUCGGUAAGGUCAUGAACAAGAACCAAGAAACAGCAAUUUCCGUCGCAAAGUUGUUCAAGUGA